CUAACCCAGCCGGUCUAAUAAAAGAGGCCAGCGAAGCUUAUACGACUCGUCGAUACCUUGCGUAGUACUCCAAUACUGCUACAAACUACCGUUCGAUUCCUCGAGAAAUUUGUAGACUUGGAGUGGGAGAAAACUAGAAGAGGGGAGCAAAGGGAACCGCUUGCCUGGGCAAACAUGGCGUCAGAGCUGGUCCUCGGGAGAAUCCAGGCGAUCUGCCGCCUCACCGGCCAUCGCCGGCUGCAGCUGUUCAGCGGAGGAGAGGGGCUCGCCCGUCUUUCUCCGGCGAGCUACCGAUCCUUCUGCAGCAGCGUGAGUGGGCAAGUCGACACCACGAUUAAGGAUCAGCAUCACUUCGAUAGGUUUUCAGAUCCUCAGGUUGCUCAUGAAGAUCGUCAGUUCAUUGAAUUCUUGGACAGGAUGCUGGAUGCAAUCAGAAAUCCUCAGAGCCUUGCACACAUACAGCGUGAAAACCUUCCAAAAGAUCUGAAGAUUUUGGACGAUGGCAUAUGAGUUAAGAAGUCUCUGAAACAGGAAUAAAAAGAAAUACGAUAGUUUAUGUUUUACAAAUUAACCGUGUGAUAAACUAUGCUAAGUUUGAGUUGAGAGGUGCAAUUGUUACAGUCCAGAUUAUUGAUCAGAAUAUCGGCUAAUUUUAGAUGUAUAUGUACUUCAAGUAAUAGUGUUCUUCAUAUGACAUGUUAUGAUACUCUCUAUUUUUUUGAUUG